CCCAGGAAACAACACAACACAGCACACACCAUAGACCUCCACUAGCUCUCUUCGUUAUCCCAAAAUGGCCUCCCCAACCUCACCCCCUCUCCUCCUCCUCCUCUUCUUCCCCUUCCUCCUCUUCACCCUCUCCCACGCCGCCACCUUCAACAUCGUCAACAACUGCCCCUACACCGUAUGGGCUGCCGCGGUCCCCGGCGGAGGUCGCCGGCUCGACCGCGGCCAGUCCUGGAACAUCAACGUCAACCCCAAAACCACCGGGGGCCGCGUCUGGGCCCGCACCGGCUGCUCGUUCGACGGCAACGGCAACGGGCACUGCCAGACCGGUGACUGCGGUGGUAAACUCGCCUGCACGGCCUACGGCGCCCCGCCCAACACCCUCGCCGAAUUCGGCCUCAACCAGUUCCAGAACCUCGACUUCAUCGACAUCUCCAACGUCGACGGCUUCAACGUGCCGAUGGACUUCAGCCCCACCGGCGGCUGCAGCAGGGGCAUCCGGUGCACGGCCGACAUCGUCGGGCAGUGCCCCAACGAGCUCAAGGCUCCCGGCGGCUGCAACAACCCGUGCACCGUCUUCAAGACUAAUGAGUACUGCUGCACCUCCGGGAGCUGCGGGCCAACCAAGUUCUCCAAGUACUUUAAGGACAGAUGCCCGGAUGCGUACAGCUACCCCAAGGACGAUCAGACCAGCACCUUCACUUGCCCCGGGGGGACCAACUAUAAGGUUACCUUCUGCCCUUGAGGUCCUGCUUUCCUCCAUGCAAGCGAAGUUCCAAGAAUAUAUAUAUAUAGACUCUUGGGAGGCUGGGAGCUAGUAAACUGCUAAUUACUAUUCUGUAAUAAAUUAAGUGAAUGUGAGCUCCAUAAGCUUGCGAGAUUGAAAUAAUUAAAUAAUAAGAGGUGCACCGCAGAACGUGCCAUUACUUUUAAAACAGUUCA